AUGCGUUCUUUCGUGACUCCCUCGCUAUUUGGGCUGGCUGUAUCGGUAGCUGUCACGAACGGAACCACAUAUGAUUAUGUCAUUGUUGGAGGUGGUACAACAGGCUUAGUCGUUGCGAACAGGUUGAGCGAAGAUCAAAACAAAACCGUCUUAGUCAUCGAAAAUGGCGCUCUCAGCAACAGCACUCUAUCCAGCAUCCCCGGCAAUUCAGGUGGCUUAAACCUCGCAGCCAUGUACGACAUCUACAGCGCUCCAGUCCCAGCCCUCGGCAAUCAAACGUUUCUGGUAACAGUCGGUAAUGUUGUUGGUGGUGGCUCAUUCGUAAACGGUAUGCAAUUCGAUCGCGGUGCCGAAGCCGACUACGAUGCUUGGACUGAGCCGGGAAACAAAGGCUGGGAUUGGAAAGGCCUAAAGCCGUACUUUAUGAAAAGCAAUCACUUCGAUGCACCAUCGAAUGUGACUAUCGAGUAUGAUGCGAAGGCUUAUGGAAGCGGUCCACUUAAGGUGUCUAUUCUGGACGACCAAUUUUCUGAUAUGAAGAUUGAAGGUUUCUCAGAACCCGUUGGUCAUUACUGGUCGCCAAAUUCGAUUGAUAAAGCCACGGCUGCACGGUCUACUGCACGCACAGCGUACUAUGAUCCUAUCGUAUCACGAAAGAACCUCAAGCUAUUGACAGAAACCCACGUUGAUGAAAUCACUUUCUCAAAAGACAGAGCUGGUGUCUUGAGAGCAACAGGAGUCAAAUACACACCAAAGAGAACCAACGAGCAUGCUCAGGUUUUCGCAUCAAAAGAAGUGAUUCUCGCCGCUGGGGGUAUAUUCACACCACAUCUGCUCAUGUCCUCUGGUAUUGGCCCCAAAGAUGUACUUGAGGCCGCUGGUGUUACUAUAAAGAAGGACCUCCCAGCCGUUGGCUCCAAUUUCCAAGACCGCAUCGCCAACUACAUGAACUUUGAUCUACAAAAACUCGACCCAGAGAACAAGGGCGCUCUCACCACCAACGCAACUUUCAACCAAACAGCAUACGACUCGUACUCAAAGUCACGCACCGGCCCCUACUCCACCGGCAAAUCAAACGGCCUCAUGUUACUCGCCCUCCAACACUUCUGCCCAUCCUUCAACACCACCCUCUCAAAACUCCACUCCCAAAUCCCCACCCACUUCCUCCUCUCCCGCUACUCCACCAACCCCGCCCUCCUCGCCGGCUUCGCCGCCCAACGCGCCAUCCUCGCCACCCAAUUCUCCCUUACCACCGCCGCCGUCGGCGAAAUCGUAAUUCAACCCGGUAGCCUCUCCGGCAUCGCAAACAACAAACCCCUCUCCCGCGGUACCAUUACCCUAAGCACUACGCAUCCCGCCGCCUACCCCAUCGUCCAAUGGAACACCUUCCAGAACCUCAUCGACGCAGACAUCAUAGUAGCACUGACACGUUACAACCGCGCUCACUGGGCCUCCUCACCCGCACUGUCUCGCUACAACCCCGUUGAAACGGCUCCGGGACCGGAGUACCAGACUGACGAGGAGAUUAUUGCGGGAAGUGUGAGGUCCGAGUCGCUGCAACCGUCGUUUGCGCACCCGAUCGGGGGUUGCAGUAUGAUGCCUGAGGAGCUGGGGGGUUGUGUUAGUGAUGAGUUGCGGGUGUAUGGGGUGGAGGGGCUAAGUGUCGUGGAUGCCAGUAUGAUACCGAUGAUUCCCGCAGCGCAUUUGCAGGCGACCAUGUAUGCGGUUGCGGAGAAGGCGGCGGAUUUGAUAAAGGGGAGGGGUUAG